AUCGGAUGGCACGUCGAAAACGCCAGUUGUUAGAGGAAGAGACGGACUCAGACGCGUCGCAAGGUUCAGACGAUGCAGAAAAUGCGGAAGGCGACAGGAAGCGUCGACGCUCAGCUGCCCCGUCCUUCGUCUCCUCGUCUGCAGCACCAGCAUUCACCACAGGCAGCAGCAGCAAGCCUGCUACUCCUCCACCGCCCAAAGAACAACCACAACCAACACCCACGGCAUUCGCCUCAUCCUUCACCACCCGAUCUUUCAUGGGUAUCGGAAAGAAACCCGCUACCCCCCUCCCGCCCCAGGAACAAGCUCACUUCCGCAAGAUAGGUAACACGUUUGGGGCUCGAAUGCUUGCUAAAAUGGGCUGGGAGGCUGGAAUGGGUCUCGGCGUAAGUGGCGAGGGUAUCGCUGUUCCUAUCGAGGCUUCAAUUCGUCCGAAAAAUGUCGGUAUCGCUUUCAGAGGCUUCAAAGAGAAACCGCGUCCCACGCAGGAGGAAACAGAGCCUGGCGCAGGUGUUCAGGUGGAUGAACAGAAGCAGAGGAGGGCAGAUGUGUGGAAAAGACCGCGCAAGGUCAAAACGAAGGAAAUUGUUGCGGAAGCUACUGCCGGUCCAACGCCUCCGGAAGUUGUCUCGCUUGCUGAAGUAUCAGUGGCGUCGUGGACACCGUCGACGGAUCCGACCCGAAUUCCAGAAGAGCGUAAAUCGUUCAUUGCUCGGGAGCGCAUGCGUCUGCAGAACAAGGCUGCAGACGAAGCUGAACUAAUCUCACGCUUACAACAAGUCUCCCUUGUGGCAGACGAAAUUGGCACCAAAUCCAAGGAACUGUCAUCGACCUAUGAGGCUGACCUUGACGACCUCUCUCCAUUGUUCUCUAGGCUUCUUGUUGAAUUUCCGGCGGAAUUUGACAAAUACCACCUGGACGAAAUUGUUGUUGCGGCUAUCCUACCGAUGGUACGACGUGCAGUAGCCCAAUGGAACCCUCUCCAAGAUCCGUCUGGACUCGUUUCCACACUCCGAGGGUGGAAGCAAGCCCUUAAAGUAAACUCCAAAAUCCCCAUGACACCCUACGAGAGUCUCUUGUGGAAUGUUUGGCUCCCCAAGGUACGGACAUGCAUUAACAACGAAUGGAGCCCAGCAGAUCCAACACCAGCGGUGAAAUUUUACGAAACUUGGGCAAGCUUCCUUCCUGGUUUCGUGCGAGAUAACAUUAUGGACCAACUUAUUCUCCCAAAAAUCAGUGGAGCAAUUGCAGGUUGGGAUCCUAAGCAUCCCGCUGUAUCACUCCAAACGCUUGUCCUCCCCUGGCUUCCUCACCUUGCGCGCAGAAAACUCCGAAGCUUUCUCCGCCACUGGACUCCUGCCGACGGCGUGCCAAAAGAUUUCAGCAUAUGGCGAGAUGUGUUCGAGAAGGGUGACUGGGACGCCAUGCUUCUGAAGCAUGUCAUUCCGAAACUUGGAUCUGUUCUUCGCGAGGAUUUCCGGGUGAAUCCGCGCAAUCAGGACAUGUCACCACUUGCACAGGUUCUUCCGUGGUCUACACUUAUUCGUCCAUCUGUCUUCAGCCAGUUGCUUGAAGCAGAAUUUUUCCCCAAGUGGCUAGACAUUCUGCACAUGUGGCUCAUCCAGCCGCGUGUCAGCUUUGAGGAGGUAGCACAGUGGUACUCGUUCUGGAAGGCCACCUUCCCCGAGAACGUGCAAAACAUGCCUGGCGUUGCACGCGGAUUCACGAGGGGUUUACAGCUGAUUAAUUCGGCCAUAGAGCUAGGGCCUGGUGCACCAAAGAAACUCGAGCGGCCCGACUACCGGGCAGAGCUUGUGGCGACUGCGGUUGGACCAACUACAACGGAUGUGUCAAAUCCACCGAAGAAGACAGUGCCGUCGCGGACGCAAGAAGUCACCUUCCGUUCUAUUGUUGAAGACUACGCAGCGGAACACAAUUUGCUAUUUAUACCCACCGGAAGAGCACAUGAAAAGUCGCGUAUGCCCUUGUUUAGAGUGUCGAACGCGAGCGGGAAGGGUGGGAUAUUGGUUUAUGUCCAGGAUGAUGCUGUAUGGGCUCCUGAAAGAGACGAGUAUCGGGCAAUUACGCUGGAAGAGAUGGUCUUGAGAGUGAAUAAGUGAUUCUGUUUUUUAGGGGGGUACUAGGACCGUCCAACUUGUGGUAUUUCCCGCGGAACUACUACUUUACAUAAGUAUAGUAGUGUACAAAGUCGCAUUACGAACAA